CCCCCCUAAAAUUGGUAUCCUCAAAACACCUAAGUGUUUCUCUCUGCCACCAUCGUCUUCAUCAUCAUCUUCCCCUCUCUCCCUCUUUUUGCAUACAUCUCAGAAGAGCUCAUACUAAAUCAUAUUUUUCUCACCACGGCUCUUCUAAUAAAUUUUUCUUUCUUUCUUUUUUUUUUAGAUCCGUAUCUAGAUAUAGAUUACAGUCAUGUGGAUCUGAAAAUGGAAACCCAGGACCGAAAAUGGAUUACAGUCAUGUGCUUAAUCUUGAAGAAGGGAUAAAACCCUAGAAAAAAAAUGGGGGAAUCCACGAGGAUGAUUGAUAUGGAGAAGCUGAUAUCUUAUAGUGACGACCUGGUGGAGGUAUUGAAGGACAAAAGGGACAUUAACAUCUUGACGCAGUGUUUUCAGCACUUUAACGAUCUUCGCUCGCAUUGCGACGCUGAUUCCAACGAGGUUCAUCGAUUGCUUCGAGAAUAUGAUGAAAAGAUAGAAUCUUGCAAGAAGAAAACAGAAUAGGCAAAAUUAGAGGUUGCUGAUGGUGCUGAAAUGGAGUAUCUGCAGAAGGAAUACCAAGAAGAGCUUGAAAAAGAACGUGGACUUGAAGAGGAGCUUAGAUAAGUAUAUGACUUUUGAUAUAUAUAUUUAAUGUUUUGGUGUUAUGGUGUUUGAUUGAUUUGUUAAAUCUUCUUCUAUAAGAACACAGCUGUUAGCAAUGAGAUAAUUGAACUAGAGCGCCAGAGGGUUUCUAUUGAAGAACGCAAGAAAAACCUAAGGAAAUAUGAGCAAGACAAACUCAAAGAACAGAGCCAAUGAUUAACACAUACGCUAACUUUAGAGAUGAUGUUCUUCCCCGUAUUAAAAGACUUGGGUACAAUGCUGUUUAGAUCAUGGCUAUUCAAGAGCACUCAUAUUAUGCUAGCUUCGGGUACCAUGUGACAAACUUCUUUGCACCUAGUAGUCGCUUUGGAACCCCUGAUGACCUCAAGUCACUGAUAGAUAAGGCUCAUGAGUUGGGUAUACUUGUUCUUAUGGAUAUUGUGCACAUCCAUGCUUCUAAUAACGUGUUAGAUGGGCUGAACAUGUUUGAUGGAACUGAUGGUCAUUACUUCCACACGGGGUCAAAGGGUCACCACUCGGUGUGGGAUUCUCGUCUUUUUAAUUAUGGAAGCUGAGAAGUACCGAGGUAUCUUCUUCCAAAUGCAAGAUGGUGGCUAGAGGAGUAUAAGUUUGAUGGGUACAAAGUUGAUGGUGUGACUUCAAUGAUGUACAAGAUUUCCUUGAUUAAAUAAAUGUAUUAUAUCUUUUAUUACCAAGAUUUACUUGAUUAAGAAAAUGCAUUGUAUGUUUUAUUACCUUGCAUAUUUAUUAUUUAUUUUAGUUUUGAUUCUAAAUUUUUAUUUUUA